AUGGACAUUGAAAAAAUGAUUUUUCUUUUAUUUGUAAUAUAUCUUAUCAUUGGAUGGAAAUGGUCAACUAUUGCAACACAUGUGCCAGGAAGAACAGAAUAUCAAAUAGAAAGAUACUGGCACACAAGAAAUUCAAUGCCUACAAGAAAUUUAAUGCCUUCAAGAAAUUUAAUGCAAGGAAAUAGGACAUUCCUUUUUGAAGAUGAACAUAUGAAUGUAGUAUAUGAAAUCGGCGGUGAUAAUAUUAAUACUAUUUCAUAUACGACACAUCAAACAGAAUCAGAAUCAUCAUAUUCAGUAAGCUUUAACUCUCACGGGAUCUCAUCAGUGUCAUCGAAGUGGUCUACAACUAACCAUGCUUCAUCAAACUACUUGACUCAUGCAACUCUAUCACGUGAUAAAAAUAAAAGCAUGGACAUGGAAGAGGGUAGCGGUUCAUUUGAAGCAUCAAAAAUCUCUCAAGUUUAA